CCACGUUAGCUACCAUUGCUCUUCUCACUCUCACUCGUUUCCCCUCUUCCUCUUAUCACUAUUCCAAGUGCUUAUUCACUCACACUCACAGAUUCAACCAUUUCAACACACCAAAGUUUUCUCUCUCUUCCAAAACACCGCACCAACGACGUCAUGCAUGCUACUUCAAUACCUCCGCCAAGGUAACAAUGUCUUCUUCUGAUACAACCACUGCCCCUUAUGGCUCUUGGACAUCACCCAUCACUGCUGAUGUCGUCUCCGGCGCUUCCAAGAGGCUUGGUGGAACCGCGGUGGAUGGUAGUGGCCGUCUGAUUUGGCUUGAAUCGCGUCCGGCUGAAUCAGGACGGGCAGUUCUUGUUCUUGAGCCGCAAAAUCCAGGGGGCGAGGCUGUAGAUAUUACUCCGAAGGAAUUUGGAGUGAGAACCCUGGCUCAGGAAUAUGGUGGUGGUGCUUUCACUGUUUCAGGAGAUGUUGUCUUUUUUGCAAAUUACAAGGAUCAGAGAUUAUACAAACAAUCCAUCUCUUCUCUUGAUGUGUCUCCUAUACCUCUCACUCCGGAUUAUGGUGGACCGACUGUAAGCUAUGCAGAUGGAGUAUUGGAUACACGCUUUAACCGUUUUAUUGCUGUAAGGGAAGAUCGUAGGGAAAGCAGUCUAAAUCCACCUACAACUAUUGUAUCCAUAGCACUUGGCAACAACAAUGUUCAGGAACCAGAAGUACUAGUCGGUGGGAGUGAUUUCUAUGCUUUCCCGCGUCUAGAUCCUAAAAGUGAGAGGAUAGCAUGGAUACAAUGGAGUCACCCCAACAUGCCAUGGGAUAAAUCCGAACUUUGGGUCGGUUAUAUUUCUGAAAAUGGAGAGAUCCACAAGAGUGUCUGUGUAGUUGGGUAUGAUCCUUCCGUUAUAGAGUCUCCAAUUGAGCCCAAGUGGUCUUCAGAUGGACUGUUACCUAUGGACAAAAAUAUCUUGGAUGCUUCUAGUGGUGAAGCACUUGUUGACAAGACCCUAACUACAACUAAGACCUUAAUUGAGAACAUGACACUCGACUCCCAAUAA